AUGUCGACACAACGCAACAGCGAAGCCGAAGUCAAGUCAUGGGGAUUUCCCCACGUUUUCACUUGGACCGAUGGACCGAAAGCACACUACCCCCCUCAUUCGCAUCGGAGCCUGACGACUCAUCUGAUUCUGAGAGGUAGCCUGACUAUCACAUACCCAAAGGAUGAGCAGCCUGAAAAGAUUACCUACGGCGUUGGCGAUCGCAUUGACGUCGACGCCGGUCGCGUGCAUGAGGUCUGGAUUGGUGACGAAGGGUGUACCUAUGUCAUCGGGGAGUAA